AUGGCUCCCAAUCAAGACCGCGAAUCCACUCCUACCAGGACGGUGGCUCCUAGGCCCAGCUUGGCCAAAAUCGAUACUUCUUCCCAAAACAAUGACGACUCAAGAAACCCUUCCCCAACUUCGGAGUUUUCCUUUACAUUUUCCAUCUUCGAACGGACAGCCAGCGAUGGCGAACGAACGCCCACCGGCCUCACCAGGAUCGACGUCAUUUCCAACCACUCCCGCGGCGAAUCCUUCAGCAUCUCUUCCCCAACGUCUGAAUUCUCCUUCCGUUUUUCCAACAUGGAGCCGCCGCCGCCGCGGAGACGCGACACCGUGACAGCAAGCCGGCACAAGCGCCGGGCCACCGGCCUCACCAGCAUCAGCAUCCCGUCCACUUCGUCGUACGCCGCCGACCCUUUCGGCACAAACAGCCGCAUCGCCUCGCCCACAGCGUCGUCCGUCUUCUCGUACCGUGUCUUCACGCCCGCGCAGUCCGAGUUCUUCCCACGGAGCAUGAGCCAAGUCGUGUCGCCCGGCAGCGCGCUGGAGCGGCUGCCCGCGGAACUGCACCUGGAACUCGUCGGCCACCUGGGCGCGUGCGAGGCCCGCACUAUGCGCCUCGUCUCAAAGUACUGGCGCGCCGUCGUGACGCAGUGGUACAAGCGCGACGCGCUGUCGGUCCGCCUGCCGCUCGACGUUCAGCUGCGCAUUGUCGGCUAUCUUGACGUGGAGAGCUUGGUUGCAAUGCGGACGACGUCGCGGUACUGGAAGGAGGUCGUGAAGAAGCAUGGGAAGGAUCCCGCCGUCGUGCAUUCGACCAGGAGUGCGCUGUUGUGCACGUACGACGAGUGUCUUGGUAGAGGCACGAGUAUGUAUUGGCGGCUGUGGAUCAGGAUCCUGCGAACCAUUCAGAGGGAGAAUGCGUGGGUUUGA